UGUCCUGGCGACUCAACAACUACAUCCGGGUAACUGUGGUGACCUUGGUUGGUUAAUCAUCAUGGCGGCUAUUGUCAGGUUGAGUUCUGUGUUUCGCAGAGGAGUCAAACCUCUGUUCUACCAAGGCACUCUGUUGGCCAGGCCGCUGGUAGUACCACACAACUACCAGGAACAGCCCCACCAGCUGACAGCAAGGAUCCAUGCAUCACAGGCUCUGAACGCGGGCUCUGGCUCCAAAGCCGCCUCUCUGCACUGGACAGGAGAGCGAGUGGUGAGCAUCCUGCUGCUGGCCCUGGGACCCGCAGCCUAUUUCAGCCCCUGUCCUGCCGUCGACUACUCCCUGGCUGCUGCCCUGACCCUGCAUGGACACUGGGGUAUCGGGCAGGUAUUAACAGACUACGUUCAUGGGGACGCAAAGAUCAAGAUGACCAACGCCGGCCUCUUCCUCCUGUCCACGGUCACCUUCGCCGGUCUCUGCUACUUCAACUACAACGACGUGGGCCUCUGCAAAGCCAUCGCCCUGCUCUGGAGCAAAUGAGUUAACUGUGGAAGCUUGGAGGACCGAGACACCGGGAGAAGAGAAAUCUUGUCCUGGCUGAUUGUAAAAAAUUGAAGGUGUUCUAUGUAAAUUGUUAUAAAUAUAUCAUGUUGACGAUAUAACAGUGAUUCACAGGUGUGUAACUGUAAUUAGCGUCCAUCAAUUCAGGCUUGGUCUCUGUUUUAAGUUUUCCGUCAACAACUGGCAUCCAUUUUCUCUUCUAAAAUGUGGGAGAUAUUCAGAUCUUUUAGUUCAAUGUGGACUUCUAGCAACGUUCCCCUGUAGAUUUUCAUCAUAAGCAACAAGAAUAACUACAAAUAGGAGCUACCAGUUUCCUCGCAUGUAAUCGUUAUAUUUACUGGGUACAUGCAUAAACCGCUACAACUUCAAUUAAGUCUUACACAAAAGUGCUGUCUGUUCGGGUCUUGUAUGUUGCUCAUUUGUUAAAUGUAUUUUCUUUCAUUCACAAUGUGUACAUACUACCUUUUGCUCAAACUCAUCAGGGAUAGCAUAGCAGAUCUGCGCGCCCUCCACACUAACCCCCCCACCAGGAAGAUCCACCUACUGUUUCUUUUGUUGCUACACUCUUAGCCUUUCCCUCACCUCGAGUUUCACUGUAUGCUGAUGACAGACCGCUGUUUGCAGAUCUCCAGCUGUUUGUUUUUGUUGAGAGCAGACUGCCUUUGCUUUCGUUAGCUAACUGCUGCCCUAUUGAAGGUUCAUUAAAGAUAGGCAAGAACGGAAGUGCAUCCUUAAAUCAAGCCAAUCCUACAUCACCAACACAAUGGCUUUAACGUUUUUGCAGCGUACAAAAGUAUAAUUCACACGUGGUUUCUGCAAUGAACAAAAGAACGUAGCAUUACCGCGCCUGUAACUUCAUUUGUUGAGUCGUACUUCAUGUACAGUAUGGAUUACAAAGCGCUUCCGCUGUAAGUGAGCAAACGACAAAAUAAAAACAUGUCGAACUUGAAAAUAUUUCACACAAAUGUAUUGAUGGCAGUUGUAUUUAUUUAUUACCUCUUGGGGGGAAACAUAGAAACCUCAUUUCACUGUUCCUUCAUCAAUGUGAGCCUAUAUAAGAUUCAAUAUGGCUGACGAAUCAAACUCCUUCAUUUAUUCCAGCUAUAAUCUUUAGUACUGCUUGUAUGGGUGUCGCCGGUUGUGUUGGCUUUAAAACCGGUUUGUACUUCAUUUGGUUGUCUCAAUGCUCACGCAGUAAAUGUUUGAGAGCUUACACGUUUUGUCUUGGUCUGUUUGAUUCUUCCAAAUUGUUCAUUUGUCAUUUCUGUGAAAUUUUUGUUCAACUUUUCAGAUUAUACGCACAAAAUCCGAUGUGGCAAGAAAAAUGCACUGUUCCUGCCUCAGCAAAAUAAAGUUUGCUUUACAGA